CCUGGCCCCCUCUCCAUCGGGCUCUUCCCUCUGCAGGGGAGCAGAUCCUCCCGCCCAGAUCCCUCUCCCGCAGGGGUCCAAGGCCCACAGCAGAGCGGGGGAUGAGGUGUGCUCACCCCAGUCCCAAGUCUCCUGCCCCUCGGUGGGCAUCCGCCUGCAGCUCUGGCCUUGUCUCCCCAGGUCUUGGGACCCGGGGUCCCUUCGGAGCUCUGCGCUGGCGGGUCUCACCCCAGCUGGGGCGUCCGGGAGCCCCUGAGGUCACAGAGCCCAGCCGUCUGGUGGGGGAGAGCUCCGGGGGAGAGGUCCGAAAGCAGCAGUUGGACACCAGGGUCCGCCAGGAGCCACCAGGGGGUCCGCCUGUCCACCUGGCCCAAGUGAGUUUCGUCAUCCCAGCCUUCAACUCAAACUUCACUCUGGACCUGGAGCUGAACCAUCACCUCCUCUCCUCGCAAUAUGUGGAGCGCCAUUUUAGCCGGGAGGGGACAACCCAGCACAACACCGGGGCCGGGGACCACUGCUACUACCAGGGGAAGCUCCGGGGGAACCCCCAAUCCUUUGCUGCCCUGUCCACCUGCCAGGGGCUGCAUGGGGUCUUCUCUGAUGGGAACUUCACCUACAUCGUGGAGCCCCGUGAGAUGGCCAGGCCUCAGGAACCCCCCCAGGGACCCCUUCCCCACCUCAUUUACCGGACCCCUCUCCUCCCAGUCCCCCUCGGAUGCAGGGAACCAGGCUGCCUAUUUGCUGCCCCUGCUCAUUCUGCCCCUGUGAACCUGCCGAGGCUGAGAAGGAAAAGGCAGGUCCGCCGGGGCCACCCCACCGUGCACAGUGAAACCAAGUACGUGGAGCUGAUCGUGGUCAACGACCACCAGCUGUUCGAGCAGAUGCGCCAGUCGGUGGUCCUCACCAGCAACUUUGCCAAGUCCGUUGUGAACCUGGCAGAUGUGAUGUACAAGGAGCAGCUCAAUACCCGCAUCGUGCUGGUUGCCAUGGAAACGUGGGCUGAUGGGGACAAGAUCCAGGUGCAGGAUGACCUCCUGGAGACCCUGGCCCGGCUCAUGGUCUAUCGGCGGGAGGGCCUGCCUGAGCCCAGUGAUGCCACCCAUCUCUUCUCGGGCAGGACUUUCCAGAGCACCAGUAGCGGGGCUGCCUACGUGGGGGGCAUCUGCUCCCUGUCCAGGGGUGGAGGUGUGAACGAGUAUGACAACAUGGGCGCCAUGGCAGUGACCCUGGCCCAGACGCUGGGGCAGAACCUGGGCAUGAUGUGGAAUAAACACCGGAGCUCCGCAGGGGACUGCAAAUGUCCAGACAACUGGCUGGGCUGCAUCAUGGAAGACACUGGGUUCUACCUGCCCCGCAAGUUCUCUCGCUGCAGUAUCGACGAGUACAACCAGUUUCUGCAGGAGGGAGGCGGGAGCUGUCUCUUCAACAAGCCCCUCAAGCUCCUGGACCCGCCUGAGUGUGGGAACGGCUUCGUGGAGGCAGGGGAGGAGUGCGACUGUGGCUCGGUGCAGGAGUGCAGCCGUGCGGGCGGGAACUGCUGCAAGAAAUGCACCCUGACUCACGACGCCAUGUGCAGCGACGGACUCUGCUGUCGCCGCUGCAAGUACGAGCCGCGGGGUGUGUCCUGUCGAGAGGCGGUGAACGAGUGCGACAUCGCGGAGACCUGCACCGGGGACUCGAGCCAGUGUCCCCCUAACCUGCACAAGCUGGAUGGUUACUACUGCGAUCAGGAACAGGGCCGCUGCUACGGAGGUCGCUGCAAAACCCGGGACCGGCAGUGCCAAGCCCUCUGGGGCCAUGCGGCUGCUGAUCGCUUCUGCUAUGAGAAGCUGAACGUGGAAGGGACAGAGCGCGGGAACUGUGGGCGCAAGGGGUCAGGCUGGGUCCAGUGCAAUAAACAGGAUGUGCUCUGUGGCUUCCUCCUCUGCGUCAACAUCUCUGGAGCUCCUCGGCUGGGGGACCUAGGGGGAGACAUCAACAGUGUUACCUUCUACCACCAGGGCAAGGAGCUGGACUGCAGGGGUGGCCACGUACAACUGGCUGAUGGCUCCGACCUGAGUUACGUGGAGGAUGGCACAGCCUGCGGGCCCAACAUGCUGUGUCUGGAUCAUCGGUGCCUACCAGCCUCUACCUUCAACUUCAGCACCUGCCCUGGCAGCGGGGCGCGCCGGAUCUGCUCCCACCACGGGGUCUGCAGCAACGAAGGCAAGUGCAUCUGUCAGCCAGACUGGACAGGCAAAGACUGCAGCAUUCACAACCCCCUGCCCACGUCUCCCCCCACGGGGGAGACGGAGAGAUACAAGGGUCCCAGCGGCACCAACAUCAUCAUCGGCUCCAUCGCGGGGGCUGUCCUGGUCGCAGCCAUCGUCCUGGGAGGCACGGGCUGGGGAUUUAAAAACAUCCGCCGGGGAAGGUACGACCCGACCCAGCAGGGGGCAGUGUGAUGCCGGCCACGUCAUCCCUCCCGCUGUCCCUGUCUCCUCCAUCUCAUUCGUCACCUCACAUUCUGUUGAUGGGGAGCUGGGGGCUGAUUCCCCCACCCCUGCUGUCACUGCUGUCGCUACAGGGGUGGGAGAGCCCCGCUCCGGGAAGGAAGUCCUCAGCCUGCCCUUGUCCCUUCCUCCCGCCCACCUGCCCCCCCAGGCCUUGGUCCAUUUCCUCCUGCCCUUCCUAUGGCCAGACCACCCCUGGCCAGAUGGGUCCUGGAGCUGUGUCCCCUGCAGCCCCCUUCUCCCGGGAGGGGAGCCUACCUCUGCGUCCCAUCUGUUUUGUCUUCCAUGUCACCGCUGUCUGAACUUCCCACCAGAUCCCCUCCCUGGCCAGCCUGUAACUUGCCGCCUCUAGGGCCCAGCACUGACCUCCCAGGGCCCGGCUCAGGGGCUCUCCCUCUGGGCCCUGCCUCACCUCCUCCCCUGACGCCCCCUCUCCGUUCCAGGUCCGGAGGGGCCUAAGUGCCACCCCCCUCCCUCCGAGCCUGGCGCCCACCGUCUCUCCGCCCUGAACCACGAGGCUGCCCCUGCCCAGCCACGGAGGGAGGCACCAUGCAAAUGUCUUCCGGGCCCAAGCCCUUCAACUCCUGGCCCCACGGGUGGGAGGGGAGGGCUUGGCAGUGGGGUGGGGGGCUGUGGCCCUGCCCUUCACUCCACCAGGGUGGACCAGGCCUGGGGCAUUCCCCUCAUGGUCCCCCACCGCCCCCCAUGCGGCUUUGGCCUCGCACACCAACUCUCCCUGUGUGAAUGUAGCUUCCAUCAUCACGGAUUGCCACAGCUCAAGGGUGGGGGGGUGAGAGGGAUGCCCCCCAGUGGGCAGGGCCUGGGACGGCCCCUCCUCAAAACCAGGCAGCUGGGACCAGGGUUUUAACUCUCUGGGACUUCGGGGGAGGGGGCUGACAUCU